AGAGAGAGAGAGGGAGAGAGAGAGAGAGGGAGGAUGAGUGAGAGAGAUGGGGGAGGGAGGAGAAAGAAAGGAAGAGAGGGAGAUUGAUCAUUUGAACGUCCUGGGCCUUGCAAUCUUUUGAGAAACACAUUUUUACAACAACUAAUAUUUUUUUCAUUCCCAUCUUUUGUUGGAUUUUUUUUCUUGUUUAUUAUUUAGGGGUUUAUUCCCAACCACGAGACGCACCAUCGCCACCACCACCACCACCACCACCACCUCCAGCAGCAGCAGCAGCAGCAGCAGCAUCAGCAGCAGCAGAGGAAUACAUCUCCCAAUAUCCCAUCCCGGGCACGUCGGAUAAACUGCAGCAGCGAAAAACACGAGGCUGAACAUUGCGGUGGUGAAACGGGAACGGGAACAUGCUCCGUGGGAUUUCACACCUCUCACCCCGGCUGGGAGGCGGUUUGGGCUUGUUAUGGGGUUGACCGGAAGGAGAGAGUGACAGAGGAACAGUGAUGCUACUGUUUACAUAACGAGAGACUCACACACAUACACACACAUACACACACACACACGCACACAUGCUUAAAUCGCCGGUCCAGGACACACACACUCGCUUAAAGACUUCCACACAUACACGCACGUAUAGACACGUAUUCAAGGGACUCGCCGACUGAGUCACCGCACACUCAGAGGCACAGAAUCACUGACUCACACACACAACAGGAAAAGGUUGUUUGCACAAGUCAGGAGUGUGUGUUGUGCAUGUGUGCUAUGGGCCAAGCUGAGCAGCAGCUGUGUGUGAGUGUUGGAUACCUCUGAAGGGUCAACACAGCCGAAACCCUCGCCCUCCCGAAGGCCCCUUGUCCUCCCUUCCCAUCCCUCAUCUCCCGGCAUCCCCCCGAACGCACCAUCAUGUCCGAGCUGAGGACCAGGAGGACUCCCUCGUCUUCUCUCUCCCCGCUCGGGUUUCUAUCCCUCCUCCUCUCCCUCUGCCUCUCCCUUUCCCUCUAUCCAUCCUCCUCAUCGGCGCAGCAGACCGUGCCCGUCAUCUCCACGGCGCAGGGCCGCAUCCGUGGCAUCCUGACCCCGCUGCCCUCCGACCUCCUAGGGCCCGUCAUCCAGUACCUGGGAGUACCGUAUGCGAGGCCUCCGACGGGGGACCGACGCUUCCAGGCGCCCGAGCCUCCUCUGCCCUGGCCUGGAAUAAGGAACGUGACGCAGUUUGCUCCCGUGUGCCCGCAGUCGCUGGAUGAGAGGAGCAUGCUGGGAGAUAUGAUGCCGUCCUGGCUCACGGCUAACCUGGAUAUAGCGGCGACGUACCUCACUCACCAGAGCGAGGAUUGUCUCUACCUCAAUAUCUAUGUGCCCACUGAGGAAGACAUCCAUGAGGAGGGGGGUCAGCGGCCGGUGAUGGUCUACGUCCACGGGGGCUCGUACACAGAAGGCACUGGCAACAUGAUGGAUGGCAGCGUGCUGGCGAGCUACGGCAACGUCAUUGUCAUAACCCUCAACUAUCGCCUAGGAGUACUGGGGUUUCUCAGUACAGGUGACCAGGCGGCAAAAGGGAACUACGGCCUGCUGGAUCAGAUCCAGGCUCUGCGCUGGGUGAAGGAGAACAUCGCAGCCUUCGGAGGAGACCCGGGCCGGGUCACUGUGUUCGGAUCCGGAGCCGGGGCCUCGUGCGUCAGCCUGCUCACCCUGUCUCACUACUCUGAGGACCUGUUCCACAGAGCCAUCAUCCAGAGCGGCAGCGCUUUAGCCAGUUGGGCCGUCAACUACCAGCCCAGCAGGUACGCCAGGCAGCUCGGCGAGAGGGUGGGCUGCGGCAUCGACGACAGCACCCAACUGGUCGCCUGCCUCCAGGGCCGGAGUUAUCGCGAACUCGUGGAGCAGAGCAUAACGCCGGCCAAGUAUCACACGGCUUUUGCCCCGGUGAUUGAUGGGGAUGUUAUACCUGAUGACCCCCAGAUUCUGAUGGAGCAGGGAGAGUUUCUGAACUACGACGUGAUGCUGGGGGUCAAUCAGGGCGAGGGCGUGAAGUUUGUGGAGGGCAUCGUGGACUCAGAGGACGGUGUCACGGCUGAGGACUUUGACUUUGCGGUGUCAGACUUUGUGGACAGUUUGUAUGGAUACCCAGAAGGCCGAGAUACGCUGAGAGAGAGCAUAAGGUUCAUGUACACGGACUGGGCGGACCGCGACAACGCAGAGACCCGGCGGAAGACUCUGGUAGCGCUAUUCACAGACCACCAAUGGGUGGCGCCAGCGAUCGCCACAGCUGACCUCCACGCUCAGUACGGAUCCCCCACCUACUUCUACUCCUUUUACCACCACUGCCAGAGUGACGCCACGCCGCCCUGGGCUGACUCCGCCCACGGUGACGAGGUGCCCUAUGUGUUCGGCGUGCCCAUGGUGGGACCCACCGAUCUGUUCAACUGUAACUUCUCCAAGAACGACGUGAUGCUGAGCGCUGUUGUCAUGACUUACUGGACCAACUUUGCCAAGACUGGUGACCCAAACCAGCCGGUUCCUCAAGAUACCAAGUUCAUCCACACUAAGCCAAACCGGUUUGAAGAAGUGGCCUGGUCUAAGUACACCCCUAAAGAGCAGCUGUACCUCCAUAUUGGCCUGAAGCCCCGUGUCAGAGACCACUACCGCGCCACCAAGAUCUCCUUCUGGCUCCAGCUGGUCCCUCACUUGCAUCACGUCAACGAGCUCCUCCAAUCGGUGUCCACCUUCACGCAUAGCCCCUCUCCACAGGAUGACACUCCUUAUUCUUACACUAAGCGUCUCGCCAAAGGUUGGCCACCUAGCAGCACGCGUCACCCGGGUUCACAAGGAGGAACUCCACAGCCGCCGGAGGCUGCUUUAGGCCAAGGUGGAGGGGAAGACGGCGUCCGCGUCCCGAACGAGGACUACUCAACGGAACUCUCGGUGACGAUCGCGGUGGGAGCGUCACUGUUGUUUCUUAACAUCCUCGCGUUCGCUGCACUGCUGUACAAGAAAGACAAGAGGCGUCUGGAGCAUCGGCGGCCACGUCCACUUCCUCCCCCGAGACGAGACAUCACACCUGCCGACGUCGCCGCCCACCUGCAAGGGGAGGGACUGCUGUCAUUACAGGUGAAACAGCUGGAGUGUGACGCUGCAUCAGCAGACGAGAGGAACAAUACUCACCACCAUCACACCCUGGAUACGCUGGACGCCCUGGACGGCUUGGACACCCAGGACAUCUACAGCACGCUGGACACCGUUCGCCUCACCUGCCCGCCCGACUACACCCUCACCUUGCGCCGCUCGCCCGACGACGUCCCCCUCAUGACCUCUCUGACCCCGGGAUCGCUGCCCGUGACUCCUGGGUCGCAUCCCGUUACCCCGGCGACGCCGAUGACCCCAAUGACGCCUGGAUCAAUGGUGGGGAUGAGGAUGGGGCAUCCGCACCAGGGAUACACACACCAUAGCCCGUAUAGUAAUACACACUUGCCGCACACACACAUCUCCACGCACACACACUCCACCACGCGUGUAUAACCGCAGCAAGAUACACACACAUAAAUAACACACACAAACACACACACUCAUACACACACACACACACAUAAAACAAAAGACUUAAAUACCUCUACUAAUUACCCUGCAGGAUUGUUACAGACGGAGUGACAGAGAAAGACAUUUUCAGUAACAGGAUGAAGAGACAGACAGCUGUGUGUUGCAUGUCGGGGACCUGAAGACAAACUGGAUCCCGGGAGAUGCAGUUCUAUGCAUCAUUCGCUCAUAACCUUGAACGAGACGAGCCAAGGCAUCCAUCAAAUGUCUCAAGACCUGCUUUGGAUAUUAAACCUUCUGCUUUUUCUACACCUGAGGAGGAAGUGGACGAGCGCUGUGGCAUAAGGGUCAGUCAUGGAUCAGUUUACAUCUCCUACUGUACCUGCGCUGCUGCACAGCGACGCAGCGCUGAGACUGAGCAGAGCAGAUGCACAUGCAGAGAGCUAAGAAGUACCACACACACACAGACUGCUGAUGUCAACUUGAACAACCUGUGAAAUGUGAAUGUAGCAUUUUUUUUCCAUUAAAAGAUCAAAGGCCCUAUCUGCCAAGGAUCAAACUAAGCUGAGGAGAAAAAUAACAAAUUUCAGCGAGAGAUGGAUGUAAAGAGAGACAGAGAGAGGAAGAGGGGAUUAAAAAAACAACAUUAGCUGAGGGAAAAGUUUGUCAGGUGGUGGGAAAGAGAUUAAGAUUUCAUUGAGAGGGAUUUAGGAGCGAGAAAGAUGAAGUGAGAUAGAGUGAUAUGGAAAACACAGGAACGGAAAGUGUGCCAAGAGACAGAAAUUAGCUUCAGAAGAUGAAAGGGCCUCUGAAGUGUUGUCAGACUUACUGAAGAAUCACUCUAACCAGCUAUGUGUUAAACUCUUGUAAAUAGAAUGGAAAGAUACAGAUGAUAUAUUAUGAUUUAUAGCAUUUACCUGCUCUUGCAUUAAAAACAUGACUUAUUUAACCACAUUAUUGCUUUCAUUUCAGAUAUUACUAUAUUAUUGUAUAGGUGUCCUGAAGCAAGGCUGGUUGUCUUUCUAUCUCACCCGCUGUAGUAUGUACACAGUACCUUUAUUUAAAGGCUAUGCACAGUCAUUUCAAUAAUUCUUAACCGUGUAAACAUCUCGAUACUUGUUUAGUAGUUGAAGUAUAGGACAUUUUCACACCAUCCUGUCUAUUUGUUUGACCAUCGUAUGACAAGCUAGUACUGUGUAUAUAAUGCAAUAUUGGUUUGAUGAUUGAGCACCAGCCAAAAACCAUGACCCUUGACCCUUUAAUCCCUUCCCGUUCUCCUAUCCCCCUUGUUCCUAACAUUUCUCUUAAAGGCCUUACCCCUAAUCUCUAAUAACCUUAAUUAAUGUCUCCGCUGACAGACAGGUGGUGAUGAUUCAGGGGUCGCAGUGUGCCCCAAAAAAAGUAAUUCGUCUGACCGUUUUCUACCUUACACCAGGGGCCUCAGUAUUUCUAGAAGAGCCCCUGCUUGAACUACCUAAUGCUGACUGAAACCUUGUUUAACUAAGAAUUGUUAAAGCUUAGAAAAUCUCUCCACAGUGUCGCCCAUAAUCUGUAGGAAUACAUGGAUUUGUCACCCACAUUUCUAAAGCUUGGAGUUUGGUUUACUACCUGCCACCAUGUUGUCAAUUAUUCAGAGCCAAAUGUGAUUAAUUAGGUGGAGCCGGGGUGGAGCUGAUGAGGGACGAUCAGCGUGGCUUCGUGUGAUAGUCUGACUUGACAUUGAAGGCAAACACGCCUCCAAACAUUUUUUUUUACAAUCUUAAUAUCCUCCUAAUGGAGCCAUAUUUUCCCCAAGACAUGCUUUUUAGAAGAAGUAAAAUUAAUUAUUUUUAAAAAUACCACCAACAUCUUGUGGAAAUAAUGAUUGAUUUUAUUUCAUAGAGAAGUUGGGAGGUUUUUCCUGCUGACUUCACAGCGAGUGCUCGAGGGCGGUGGUGGUUACUGCUGUGUGUCAUCAUAAUAAGAUUCGCAGCAUACAUAAAAUCAAUUUUAACCAAUUCAUAUUGACAAUUCAUGUGGCCGAGACGCGGUACUGGCAUGGCUGCUAUUAAAAUAUGACAAAUGGUCAAACUAUGUGGUUGCUAAUGUAAAGAUAAAAAACCUUAUAUGUGAACUAAACAACAAACCCCAAACUCCCAAACCUUGAUCCUAACCAGUAAUUUAACCAAAGGCCCUAACCCUGAUAUUGUAACCUUCCUGUUUUAUCCUCUUUUCCUUCCCCUAACCCAUCCUCUCCCCUCCUCCCAGCCUCAUCUGUGCGACUCCAUGCAGCUUUGUCACAGUGUGGCCUAUUUAACCUCCUCUCAUCCUAAGUAACUUCUUCAUGAGAGAUUUUAGUUAAUUGUCAACAGAAUAUGUGAAAAAUGAAAGCCGAAAAAUUUGUGGAUGACAAGCAAAGAACUUUUACAAAAAUGAUAUAAAAAUAACAUUUAACGGAUGUUUGAUUGACUGAAUAUUUUUAUUUCAUAAUAUGGGUUUAUUGACUCAGCGGAUGGCUGGAUUGUGUCAAGCAUAAAACAUUUCUGCUGCAUUUUUGAAAAAUAAAAAUAUCAGUAUUUUACAAUUUA